AAUGAGCCUUCUAAAGGCUCAUCACCGAACAUUUGGAUUUUUAUUUUGUUAGGGAGUGUUUCUUUCUGUUUCCUGUAGUUUUAUGCCUGUGGAAAGGAAGAAGUGAACACAUAAUAGCCAGUGUGACACAUAAUAGUCAAUGUUUAUUUAUUAAAGCAACUUGUUGAUUCAACCCCUUUUUCUUCCAUGGAAAGCUUUAUGACUAAAGGGCAUUAAGUAGGUGCUUUAUUCCAAUGUUAGAAACAUAAAACUUUUCAUGGAGCUCUUGUAAAAGAGCAGAAUUUACAAUAAGAUACCACAGAACAGCUCAAAAGAUGUGGAAUGGCUGUACCUGGAGCAACUAUUGUUUUGCCUGAACAGGCCUUUGUUUUAAAAUCUUCUGUGUGAGUCAUGUCUGAAUGAAUUAAAUCCAGGCAGGAAUAAUUUGCUGUACAAGUGCAGGAGGUUAUACUAAUAGAGAAGCUGAAUAUGAGUCAACAGUAAGUGACUUUCUCAGUAAGCCCUUUCUCAGUAGAAAGGGCUAGGAAAACCACCUGUUUUGAGUGUAUAAGAAGAAAUAUAGUUUUCCACUGAUUUGUGGAAGUAAUAACUCAAGCUAAAGUACUGUAUGCAGCUUUGGGAGUUGCAUUUAAAAAAAGCUAUUCGGAAGGAACCCAGAGGGUGACACAGCAGGAGGUGCCAAGCACCUAACUUACAGAGUAAUCCUAAUAUGUGGGUGCAAAGAUAAAGGGACUUGUGUCUUUUCCAAAUCCAGAAUGGACAAACACAGGGGGCUUUGGUAGUGAAAGUGAAGAUCUAGGUGAAGAUCAUUAGAUAGUGAGAAUUCCUAAUGGCAUCAAAGCAUGGCUGCUGUGUUUGUGAAGUUUCUUUUUCAAGUAUUUCUUGGGAGAAGCUUGGCUGACUUAUUUGUGAUGAGAAGCAGCAGUGGAUGAUGCAGUACGUGGCGAUAGGUUGAAGUAAAUGGCCUGUUAAGGUCAUUUUUUGCUUACUUACAUCAUCCUGUUCACAGUUUAAAAGAUCAGGUUUUGAUAAGAAAAAUGUGAAUUCUGGUAUUUAAAUAAUUUAGCAUAUAUUUAGAUUACUUCCUGUAAGUCUUGUAAGACUGUCUACUGAACUCUAGAGGGACUGUGGCCAAGUAAGUAAAGUUGGAACAAUCUACCAUGUCUGCCUUCCCCAAGUCUAAUUCUUGCUUCUGUACAAUGUACAGCUUCUGGAAUUGAUACUAAUUUUCUUUGGCUGAUAUCUCCUACAUACUUACUUAAGCUGACUUGAUUUUGAAUGUAAACUAUUAUUUCAUCUCAUUACACCUCUUUUAGUGUUUCUGCAUAUUUAGAGAACUUGCUUGCUACAAUAAAUGUAACAUCUUUAAGUGCUGUGUUUGUGCUGCUUUUUUGAGGCAAAGAAACAUUACCUUGUAUUUUAGACGAGAGAGUCUGUAUCUUGCCAGCAUUUGUCAUGCUUUUUGGUUACACCUUGAAAACAAGCAAACAAGCUUUGUGGCUAAUCUGGACUUGCUUAUGUUCCGCAGUUUCUUUUUUACAUUCAAAGUUUCUCCGUCUCUCCCUGUCUGUUAACCUUCCAACCCUGUGUAAUCUGCCAUUGCCCUGUUGCAUGCUGAGAGUUAUGAUUCAGGAUACCAGCAGAUCCACAGGUAGUUCAUUAACGAGUGGGUUUUGGAGGCAUCGUAAAUGUUGUAGCUUCUGUGGAUAGGAGAGUCUCAUCCCCUCAUUACUCCUCUGAGAUCAGAGCAGUCAGCUAGUAUUCCUCCAUGACACUGCUGGUCUUGAGUGGAUGAAAUGUUCUUUGUGUUAAAAUCAGCUGUGAACUUGAUUACAGAACCUUUGCAGAACUCCACUACUGCUGGUUUUAUUUAACUCCUACAUUUUCUGGUUUCUCUCCUGUUUAUAACCCAGUAGUGGCCCUGGCUGUUGAGAUGCAGUGGUUUUGCAUGUCCCAAAGCAGAAACAUGAGAGGCAUAUUUCAGAAACUGCUUGUUUCAUGGCAUUUUCUUUUCUUAUUUCCAAAGAUAAUUUUUCUUGAUAAUAUUUUUGAGGAUGCAUUAGUUCUUCUUUACUGAGUCUUAGGGUUAGAAUUAAACUACUGAUUUCCUGAAGUGGAAAGCUUCCGGUGCCUGGUAUUGCUUUGACCUUGCAGCUGUACGUAUCAGUUCUACCUGUGCAAAUUAUAUCUGUGCUGUAUGCAAAGGGAACCAAAUCUCUUCAGAGAGAACUUGGGUUCACCGUGACUAUGUGACAUUUGUCUGCAAUUGUACACAUCUGUAUAAACAGGAGAAAAGUAUGGCAGUCCAGCCCAAGCAGAAAUGGGACUGGCCAUGUCUGUGAGGACAAAUAAACUUGAUGAGAAUAGUUAGCAGUAAUUUACCUGAAUUUAUGUGAUUUAAGUGAUGAAGAUGUGAGUCGUUUACAAGUUUAACAAAGUGGCUGACAGGGCAUCAAAAACUCUUUAGUGUAUUUGGGACAUGGGGUAAAGGAGAACUACUAGUUUUGAAGUGUAGCAUCCUUUUAAAGUAUAAAUUCAUAAAAUUACCUGUUAGCUCACAAGUUUCCUCAUUCUUCUGCAAUCAGAUUCUUUUGCUGCUGCAAAGAAAAGCCGCCUGUGCUUCUCCCUUGUCUCUGAAAUGCAGUGGGUGGAAGAUGUCAGGAUGGGACUAACUGAUGCUCUUUCCCUCUGUUAGUGUAGGUGAAGAUAUGCAAGCCAGGGAGAGAAGAAAAAGGAAAAAAAAGUAUGGAGAAUUCUCUUUUAGUAAAAAGCUAUACUAGUAAAAAUAUUCCCUUUAGUAAUAUAACUAAAGUAGCAACUGUUGAAAAAAGUGGUAGAGUAUAAAAGCUUACCAAAAGCAGCCCCUCCUCCCCCAGGUGAUGCUAUACCAGUGUCACAUUUUGCACCAGCUGGAGCUGGAAGAACAUUCAUAGCUUGAUUACCUGAACUGUGUGCCUUACACCUGCUAGAAAAGAUGGCAGAGAGAACAGUUGCAAAAGCCUGUUGAUGUCUUUUCCUUGCAUUAAAAAAUCCCUUUAUUCUUCAGGGGACUGAAAGUCUUGUUGGAAUUCAAAACCAGGGGAAUGUUUUAUGUGGGAGUUUAUGUGGAAGAAAUGCUGUGACUGUUCUCAAACUCUCUUACAGACUGAUUUUAACGUUUCGGUGUUGCAUCAUUUUGUGUUGAGUAACAGAAGUUCUGCUCCUCAUUGAUCAAUGUGACAGUGUUUAGUAGUUUACGAAAUGAGCCAAACUCGUGGGAGAUAUGACUUCUGUAUUGGUCUGGUGUUGGCUAUGAGUUCCAGCAUUUUCAUUGGAGGAAGUUUCAUCCUGAAAAAGAAAGGUCUCCUCCGGUUAGCCAGGAAAGGCUCCAUGAGAGCAGGUCAAGGUGGUCAUGCAUACCUUAAGGAGUGGCUGUGGUGGGCUGGACUUCUUUCAAUGGGAGCUGGCGAAGUAGCUAACUUUGCUGCCUAUGCUUUUGCACCAGCUACGUUAGUGACUCCUUUAGGAGCUCUCAGUGUUCUUGUAAGUGCCAUUCUGUCAUCCUUCUUUUUAAAUGAAAAACUUAAUUUACAUGGAAAAAUAGGGUGUUUGCUAAGUAUACUGGGAUCAACUGUGAUGGUAAUUCAUGCUCCACAAGAGGAGGAAGUAGAAACUUUGGAUGAAAUGUCCCACAAACUAGGUGAUCCAGGUUUUGUGGUCUUCGCAACACUUGUUGUCAUUGUGUCUUUAAUUUUGAUAUGUGUGGUGGGACCUCGCCAUGGACAGACCAACAUUCUCGUGUACAUAACAAUUUGCUCUGUAAUUGGAGCCUUAUCAGUCUCCUGUGUAAAAGGUUUGGGCAUCGCUAUAAAGGAACUUUUUGCAGGAAAACCAGUGCUGAAACAUCCCUUGUCUUGGAUUCUGCUGCUAAGCCUUACUGUCUGUGUGAGCACGCAGAUCAACUAUUUAAACAGGGCUCUGGAUAUAUUCAACACUUCGAUAGUGACUCCGAUAUAUUAUGUAAUCUUUACAACAUCUGUUUUAACUUGUUCUGCCAUCCUUUUCAAGGAAUGGCAACACAUGGCGGCCGAUGACAUUAUUGGCACCUUCAGUGGCUUCCUGACUAUUAUUGUGGGGAUCUUUUUAUUGCAUGCCUUCAAAGAUGUUAAUUUCACCCUAGCAAAUCUGCCCCUCUCUUUGCGGAAGGAUGAUAGAGCAGCAAAUGGCACUUUGCUGAGCACGUACGACAGCUUUCAUGAUGAUGAAGAAAGUUCUGCCUGUCUAGGUGAAAUGCAGUCCACUGAGAGUCUCUCAGCCAGGAGAAAUGGAAGUCUGUCAGCCUUCUGAAAAUAGCUACGUGUUACUUAAGAAAAGAACAAUUCUGUAACUCUGGAAAUUUUUUUUCUGCUGUGAAAUGUCUGAUCUUGUCUGGAAAUUCAUGUACUUUUUAACAGUAUGUGUAGACAAUCGUUGAUUUUUAAGUUUGAUUAGUUUGGAUAAGAACACUGAAACUGUUUUUAUUUGCCUUAUUUUUACUUUAAAAAAUACUAAAAUGACCUCAGACCACAACUGGUUUUGUUGCUUAAGUUAUGUGUAAAUACUUUCAUUUCAUUCUUCUGUUUUUAAGAUGUAUUGCACUAAUGACAAUUUUAUCAAAAAUAAAUGGCUUUAUUUCUGCAUUGGUGGUAAAAA